GAAAUAGAGGGAGUGAGGGUGAAAAACAGAUUCAGAGGGAAGGGAGAUCUCAUUGUUGAAACCCUAGGUUCACUGUGACUAUCGUCACCGUCGUCGCAUCCAUAGGUCAUCUCCACCCUCCAAAUCGGCGCCUCCGCAUCUUCCUCCACCUCCUCCCCUCCCGUUUUCCAAUCUCCACAACCUCCACAUCGACAAGCGCCUCUCCAUUCCCCUUCCCUUCUCUCUUCCCAUUCCCGCUGGAAGGCGCUCUCUCAAGGUGCAUUGCGUUACUGCUCGCAUCCCGAUUUGCUCUGCUUAUCCGAUGUCGGCUUGGAUGCACUCGGCGAAGGCCUUCCAAGGCUCGAGAGCUUGAGAUUGAUCUGGUGCUCUAACAUCUCUAGCAACGGUUUGAAAUCCCUUGCUUACAAAUGCCGGAAGUGGAAUUGCUCGAGAUGAACUUGAAUUGGUGGGAGAAAGAUACGAAGGCAGAUGAGUGAGUUUUGAGCUAUUGAAGAAGAUGCAAGGAAGUGAGGGAAGAACCUAAAUAUGGCAUCUGUUGGUAUGGCACCAACAUCAGGCGUGAGAGAAUCAGGUGGCGGCGUUGAUAGAUUGCCGGAAGAGAUGAACGAUAUGAAAAUUAGGGAUGAUAAGGAAAUGGAAGCUACAGUUGUUGAUGGCAAUGGAAUGGAGACCGGCCAUAUCAUUGUAACUACUAUUGGUGGUAAAAAUGGUCAACCAAAGCAGGGGUGCAAAUGCUUGUAUCUUGAUAUUGAUGAUGAUAGGAAGGAAGUUGGUACAACAGUAACACAUGCAGAUCUUGAACCAAGAAGAAGCAGAACAGAUUUAAAUAGCAAAACUGGUGCAUUUCUUAUGGUUCUUACAAUUUUAUUAGGCCUCUUGUGUUUCAUCUUGUGUCUCAUUGCAGAAGCCACACGUUCUCAGGAUUGGGAUUCUAUACUCAACUUCAUUGAGAAGUCAUAAAAGAAUGCUGGGAGAAAAAUAUAGGUUGUGGAGAGUCCUUCGAUCAGUCCACUUACAUAGUACAUGAAGAUCAACCAUGGGAAGAUCUCAACAUUCUUUCAACAGAAGCAGAUAAAUCAAAAUUUGGAAGCCAUACUAAGAAUUCCCAAGAACUCUCUGUUUCCACUUCAGGCAAGCUAACCAAAGAUGAAUAUCAUCAAUUUGACAGGGAAGAUGUUAGAACCUCUCUUGGUUACUUGUGUCAAGGGACUGAAAUAUAUUGAGAAAGAAACAAAACAAGAGAGACUUCUCUUAUCAGACUCUUUUCUGAAAAUUUAGUUUAUGAUUCAUAUGCCAGAUGCAUGCCAAUUGUUGAAAACCAUAAGAGUUUAUUGAUAUAUGAUAAGAAUGGUCAAUCAUUAAGAGAUUACUUUUCAUAUGA